CUUUGACUUCAGUAUAUGUUUCUGAUACAGGAGACAACACCAUUAGCCGGUUCAUCUGCAGGUGCUAUUGUCUGUGCUGUGAUUGCAUCUGGAGCCAGUAUGCAGGAAGCCUUAGAAGCUACCAAAGUGCUGGCUGAAAAUUGUCGACUUCGAGGAACUGCAUUUCGCCUCGGGGCUGUUCUUAGGGAUAUUCUGGAGAAAUUUCUGCCUGGUGAUGUUCAUAUCCGAUCUAGUGGAAGGGUUCGUGUUGCUGUAACACAGAUUCUGUGGAGGCCAAGGGGCUUAUUGGUUGAUGAGUUUGAUUCUAAAGAAGAUCUCAUUAAUGCAGUCUUUACUUCCUCAUUUAUUCCAGGAUAUCUUGCACCGAGGCCAGCAACAAUGUUCCGUAAUCGACUUUGUAUAGAUGGGGGUUUGACCUUGUUCAUGCCUCCAACUUCGGCUGCACAGACGGUAUUCUCUAUUUUUAUUGAAACGGUACGUGUUUGUGCUUUUCCUGCCAGUCGUUUGGGAUUGCAAGGGAUUGGAAUUAGUCCCGACUGCAACCCAGAAAACCGGGCAAGUCCCAGGGAGCUCUUUAAUUGGGCUCUUGAACCAGCAGAAGAUGAUAUUCUCGAUAAGCUCUUUGAGCUUGGAUAUUUAGAUGCAUCCAUCUGGGCAGAAGAUAAUCCAGUCGGGAAAAUAGUUCAAGACGACGGUCCUUGUGCAGAUAAUGGUGUUGCACAAUAGCUCAUAGCACGCUGCUCUGGAACUCGUAGAAAAACAUUAGUCUGCUGGACUUGCACAGUCAGUCACACAAAAAAUUUUACAGUAAUUUUAUUUUUUGUAAAAUACGGUGGUGGCAAAAUGAAAAGGCCAUAAAGUAGGGCAGGAAUUGAUUCGGAAAGGUGGAAUACUUGGGAUGAGGGGGGCUGGGGUUACUCAUGGUCUUGGUCACUGGUUUUCUGUUCUCUAUUAGGACUUUAAGGAUAUGUAAAGAAUGAUAUUAGCUCUUAUCAAUGGAAUUAUGUUGAGAAAAGCUCGUGUAAAAUUUUUUCACUUCAA